CCUCAUAGAGAAAGCAUUGCAGCUUUCCGCGCCGCUGCCGCAUCACACGCUGUCAACAUGGCGUCGGCCCUCGGUCGCUUGGCCCGGCUGGCAGCCCUCCGGACCCCCCACAGAGGACCGGGGAGGACGGGGACUCCAGGCCGGACUGUCGUGACCACCUCAUCUGGGGGGAUUCUGCCCAAACCAAAGAAGGUCUCCUUCGGCCUGAUCCGGAUCGGCCUGGUAGUCGUGCCUUUCCUGUAUGUGGGGACUCAGAUCAGCAAGAGCUUCGCGGCGCUGCUGGAGGAGCACGACAUCUUCGUCCCUGAGGAUGAUGAUGAUGAUGACUGAGGGGCUGCAGAGUAGACCUCCUGCAUGUCAGGUCUUCGUUCUCGGUCACUCGCCCCGGGACGAGUGUGUGUGAGCCUGCGAGCACACAAAUGCCUUCCUGCUGUCCCCUCUGCUGUGUUCACCUCGCCUUCUGUCCACACUGGGUUCAGGGUUUCAUGCUGUUACCUCUCUGACAGGGCUGAACACAUCGUACUGUAUGUGCAUGCACUAUUUGAGUCCUAUAAAUAAAAGGGAGUAAUAAACGAGUUAUAACAUG